UGGCAAAUUGCAACUAAUAAGCAUCCCCAUUGCCGCAAAGCGAAAUGCAUGAAAUUAAAUCAUUUGGCCAGAAAAAGAAAGCCAAAAUAAACGUUGAGAGCAAAACACAAAAUGCGCAACAGUCGAAGAGGCGGAAAGAGGAAGGUUUUUUGGGUUGCCAUGGGAUGGGUUGCUUUUGGCCCCGGGUAGAGCAGACUUGGCUGCAAUGGCCAACGGCUCUUAACCGAUUUAAUCAUCAGCCUCGCUUCUCGCUCUUUCGGUGGCCGGAAGAAAUGGGAAGUGUUUCCCUCGCGGCGACCGUUGGAUUAUUUUGUAGAGCUUCCCCCCGGCUAUUUGGCACCUUUUUCCCGAUUCUGUUUCGGUUUCUGCAUUUGCAUUUGGCCAUAUCCGCCCAUGGCCAUGGCAUUGACAUUGGCCACCUCUCGCAUUUCUGGUCGUUUUGUGGUCGAUGGAGGGCAAUACGUCGCUAAUCCCACGGCUCAGUCGUUUAUCCCACGGAUACGGAGAGUGCAACAAGGCGCCCUUAGAUAAGGGUGAGUCCAAGACCCGGAAGGAAGAUAAAACCAGCAAUUUGUGAUGCUCGUUGCCAUUGACCGGCGAAUGGCGAAAAUUAAUCACCCUUAUCACGGCUAAGGACACCCUUCAAUUAAAGAACCCAACGCACGCUUUCAGAUAAGUUCCAAUAAAUAUAUGCAUAGAUGGCACUCGCGUGGUCAACUUUGGUCAAUGCCUUUUAUCUUUCAUUGAUACCUUGCACUUAGCCUAGGCCAUGCUUAUCGGGCCCCAGAUAAGCCCAUUUGGGGAUCCGCGUCUUUAUAAGUAGCCCUCCGAGCGGACAGACCCUCAGAUAGUGGCAGAUCUUUUGGGUGUGCAUUCUAACUUUACUGCAGCAAAAAUGUCCAAGCUACCGUGCAGCUACGAUGCGGAGAACAAGAUCUGGAAGGGAAUUCCGCAGAACAACCCCUUCAAGCCGGAGACCUCCCUGGGUCGCAUCAUCUUCAAGAACUUCAGGAACUGGCCCAAGAAUGUGUGCCAGAUUUCGGACACCGAGGGCGUGGAGGUCACCUUCGGACAGGCUCUCACCUGGUCCAUUCGCAUCGCCCAGCACCUGAAGAGCCGCGGACUGGACCACAAGGAUAUCAUCGGCAUCUCCGCCAGGAACACCACCUACGUUAUGCCCAUUGCCGUGGCCUGUUUCUUCCAUGGCACACCCUUCCAGUCGGCCAAUCCCAUCCUCGAGGAAUCCACCCUGAAGCACUUGUACACCAUCUCCAAGCCAAAGAUCAUCUUCACCGAUGCCGAUCACUACGACAAAUUGUACUCGGCCACCAGCGAGUUCAAGCCGGAGAUUAUUCUGACCACCGGAACUAGGGAUGGCAUCCUCAGCAUUCAGGAUCUGCUGCACCCAACCAAGACGGAGUUCUUCUACCAGCCCACCCCGCUGAAGGAAGGACCCAAGCAAACCGUGGCCAUCCUCACCUCAUCGGGAACCACUGGAAUGCCCAAGGCUGUGUGCAUCUCCAACGAUAUUCUCAGCCAGGAGACGGUCUUUGUCAACGCCUACGACACGAUCUUCAUUUCGGCCAGCUUGGACUGGAUCACCGGGCUGUGGGCCACCAUCUUCAGCACGGUGAACGGCUGCACCCGCAUCAUCAGCAGCAAGCCCUUCACCGCCGAGUACUUCGUGUACCUGGUGAGCAAGUACGGCAUCACGUACGCCCUGAUCCCGCCGGAGCACUGCUGCUCCCUGCUGGACUGCCCCACGGCCACGCCGGAGAAGCUGAGCAGCCUGACGAAGCUGAACUUCGGAGGCGGCCGCAUGACCCAGGCCACCGUGGAGCGGAUCAAGAAGCUGGCUCCCAAUGGAGUGCUCAACUCCUCCUACGGCAUGACCGAGGUGGGCUUCAUUGCGUUCAACCAUGGGCAUCUGAAGCUGACGGCAGCUGGCAACCCACUGCCCGGAAUUCAGGUGAAGAUCGUGGACGACGAUGGCAACAAACUGGGGGUCAACCAGACGGGCGAGAUCAUCGUGCAUAAUGGCUUCAACUGGAACGGAUACUUUGCCGACCCGGUGGCCACCAAGGAGAUGCAGGACGAGGAGGGCUGGUUCCACACCGGCGACAUGGGCUACUUCGACGAGGACGACUACCUGUACAUGACGGACCGCAAGAAGGAGGUGCUCAAGUGGAAGGGUCUGCAGAUGUGGCCCGCCGAGGUGGAGGCCGUGAUCGACGAGCUGCCCGAGGUGAAGCGGGUGUGCGUGAUCGGUGUGUACGACGAGACCCAGGGUGAUGUGCCCGGAGCCCUGGUGGUGCGGGAGGAUAACGCCACCCUGACCGCCCAGCAGGUGAUCGACCACGUGGCCAAGCGGCUGCCCGACAUCCAGAAGCAGUUGCGCGCCGGCGUCCAGUUCGCGGACGAGAUUCCCCAGAACCACAACGGCAAGGCCGUCCGCCGAUACGCCCGCGAUCUCUUCGUUGCCCUGUCCAAGAAGAACUGA